CGACCCGGACCUCCCGCGGCCCCCUUUCGCACCUCCCGUUAGUCCGGUGCGCCUCGGCACACUGUGCGUAAAACCCCCCCCAAACGUCUCCUCUGCCCCGGGACUAACCCUCUCUGACCCCCCCUCCAUCCCCCCGUCCCCUGCAUGACACUCCGCCAUGGACGUGUUCAAGAGCCGCUUCCUGGGGAUCGGCGUGGCCGUGGCGCACGGCGUCUUCUCCGGAUCCCUCAACAUCCUGCUCAAGUUCCUCAUCAGUAACUAUCACUUCAACUACCUGACGCUCAUCCAGCUGCUGACCAGCAGCACCGCGGCGCUCACCCUGGAGCUCCUGCGGCGGCUCGGGAAGGUCGGGCUCCCCCCGUUCAGCCUGCAGCUCUGCAAGGAGUUUGCCCCAGUGUGCGUCCUCUCUACGCUGCAGUCCACCCUCACGCUGUGGUCCCUGCGCGGCCUCAGUCUUCCCAUGUACGUCGUGUUCAAGCGCUGCCUGCCGCUCUUCACCCUCAGCAUUGGCGUGUGCGUGCUGAGGAACGGCGGGCCGUCCGUCGGCGUGGUGAUUGCCGUGAUCAUCACCACCGGUGGAGCCGCGCUGGCCGGCGCCGGGGACCUGACUGGCGAUCCCUUUGGGUACGUCACUGGCGUGCUGGCGGUCAUCAUCCACGCCUCUUACCUGGUGCUGAUUCAGAAGACCAGUCUGGACAGCGAGUACGGACCGCUCACAGCGCAGUACGCCAUCGCCGUCAUGGCCUCCCCGGUGCUUCUUGUGUGCUCCCUCAUCUCCCUGGACACCAUCAACAUGUGGUCGUACGAGGGCUGGAAGGAUCCCCACAUCGCCGUCAUCUUCGUCUUCUGUGUCUUGAUCGGCUGCGCCAUGAACUUCACCACGCUGCACUGCACCUACAUCAACUCCGCCGUCACCACCAGCUUCGUGGGCGUGGUGAAGAGCAUCGCCACCAUCACCGUCGGCAUGCUGGCGUUCAGCGACGUCUCGCCGACCCGGCUGUUCAUCGGCGGCGUGGCAGUCAACACCGUUGGCUCCGUCACCUACUGCGUGGUCAAGUACUUUGAGACCAAGAAGAAGAGCCUGUACGAGGACCUGGAGGAGGCGGGGAUGGACGCAGCGCCGCCCGCAGAGACUCCCGGAGACAAACCGCGUCUGAACGGGUCCCACCCGGGAUGGACGGAGACGGGGGUAGCGGCCAGGGCGGAGCCGGCGGAGGCCUGUGCCAAUGGAGAGGUGUGGGCGGAGGGCAGGGAGGCGGGCGCUGACUCCCGAGUAAUGACCGAGAAGGAGGCGCUGGAGAUGCAGAGGGAGCACCUCCACAGGCAGAACACCACCUCCGGUCCGUCGGCAAGUGACAGCUACGUCGGCGUGUGGAGGUCCAUCAGACACCUGCAGUUUGCCAAGAAGGAGCCUCUGAUCGACAACAUGGAGCAGCAGAGUCCGUAGGAGCAGAACAGAGACAACUUCAAGAGAAAAGGGCAGGAAGUAGAGGAUAAAAAAACGAGAACAUGCUGCCUGAACCACAGAAGAAGAAAACUGAGAUUUGUGAGGAGGGAAACCAACGGGAACAUGGCUGCUGCCUCGCUGUGAUACCUCCGCUCCUUUAAAGUUUAAUUUAAUCACACAAAGCUUGAAGAGCAAAGAAGAAGCUCUCAAGGGACAGGAAGCCGUGGUCUUUGUUUACGAUACGUCGGAGAUUCCGUCUGCGUGGCGUGCG